UCGCUUUUGCACAAUUACCGUUUCCUGAACUGUCCGCGAACGAAUAAUGGUUCGUUUCUUGAAAGUGCGGAAAUUUAUCGGAAGCUCCACUGUAUAUUGUUACGCGUUGCGAACUGCGGAUAUAUAUUGUUGUGAUAAUGUAAAGGUGCACAUUUUUAUUUGUCAUGUCCUUGUCGCCUAAGACAACAUUCUUUCAAUACAAAACGAAGUAAACCGACGUAGCAUUACGCUGUAUUGUGGGAAUAUGUUGAAUUGAUAAUACAUUUCUAAAAUAAAAAGAACAACAAAGUUCUAAUAGUUAGGUAACGUACAUUAUUAGUGUCAACUAUAUCGUCAACACGGAGUUAUAUUUGUUAUUGUAAUAUGUAUGAAAUGAAACAGUUGUUUGUCGGGUUGGAAACAUAAUAAGCUGACAGUGUCAAUAAUUGAACAGGCAGUACUUAUGUUAAGGUACAUGCACAGGUGAAACAUUAUUAUAACAAGAAAAAUGGGAUUUACCAAAACACGCGUGACUGGUUUACUUUUAGUAACGGUGGUGAUGUUUUUAUGGGUCCGACUAUCUUAUGACAGUGAUACAAAUAAGGAGCGUAUAAAUAGUAAUUUGAUGAGUAAUGUAAGCAAAGAAAAGCAGCCACUUAAAUACAAGGCAGAGGAAAUGUAUACCAACAUAGCAAAUCUAAUUCAACAGAGAAAUAAUAUGUCACGUGCGUUGAAUCUGAAACAACAAAAAAUAGGUCAGAUGGAAUGUGAGGAGGCAACACAGAAAAAUGUGAAGCAAAAGGUAUCUUCUACAGGUGGAUGGUGUGCUCAAAUUAGUGUAGAAAACUCGGGGGAACAUAAUACUGAUAGAAAAUUAGUUCCAGUAUUGGCAAAUUUUCUCAAAUAUAAAUACGUAGCGUCGUUCGGAGAUGGACCUGGACGUUAUAAACAACUUAUGCUGGAUACCGGCCUCCUCAAAGGAUACGAUGCAUAUGAUGGUGCUCCAUUCAGCGAGAAAACCAGCAAGGGGCGUGUCAAGUAUCUUGACUUGACACUCCCACAAUACGGGCUGCCUUUACAUGAUUGGAUAAUGAGCUUAGAAGUGGCUGAGCAUAUACCACAAGACUUCGAGAGCAUUUAUUUGGACAAUAUAGUACGUCAUGCAAAAGAAGGUGUAAUUCUCAGCUGGGCAAAACCAGAACAAGGAGGAUUUUCACAUGUAAAUACAAGACCAUUUGAAUACGUUAAGGCUGCCUUUGAAAAGCUUGGAUUUGAACACGAUGCUGAGAACUCUGAUAAACUAAAAAACGGAGCUUCUUUGAAAUGGCUACAGUGGAAUACCAACGUUUACAGAAGAAAGGACAAGAGCAACAUGGAGCAUAUCAAAACUCUUUUAACUUGAAUAAAAACAUGGUGAUUCACAGCAGUAUUUAGUGUGUUUAGUGUUGUUUAAGGAUUCCCUUCCUUCAGAAAAAAGAAAAAUUUAAAGGUAGUUCUGCACGUUUGAUAAACUGGAAGUGAUGGCGUAACGUCAUUUAUCCAGAAAACGUUGAAUAAAACCUGGAUUCGGAAAAGGAAAUUAUUUUAUGAAUUAAUGGCAGUCUGUUAGAAAAUUUAUCACUGUGGCACUGCUAUUAUUUUUCUAAAGCUUAAAUAUAGAUUUUAAAAAUUUGAAACAUGAAAUAAUUCAAAAUUAUGUCUUAAAUGGCGCGCAAUGUGCGGUUCACUUUAAUCAUGGUCAAAUAUGCUGAAAAUGAGCACAUGGACCUAUUCAUGCUAUUUCACUACAUUAUAGGCCAAAUGUUGAUUUAAAAUAGAAGUGUCAUCAAAAUCUACAUUGUAGAAAUUUUCCUAUUCGCAAAAAUAUUAUGAAAAUUAUGAUUUUCCCACAGACUCUCAUUAAGAAAAAAUGCAUGAGGUCCAUUUUUUUUCAAAUCUGUCUAGCAAAAAAAAAAGCAAACUUACGACCCUAUCUUUUUUAGUUGCUGAAUUUUCUAAGUACAUUCUGAAGUUUUGGAAAGUGUAAUCAAAUUCUACAUUGUAGAAUAAAGUUCGAUCCGAACGUCCAGAAACACCUUAACAGCAGUCAUUAAUAUUAAUGAUCCUGUGGUGGCCGGAAAAAUGUCACCCAUACUUCGUCCUAUGGCAGUUCUAAACGUUCGGGUCAAUAUGUUUUCUUCAAAGUAAAUCUUAUCUAAAUGAUAAUUCAGUACCAGUUAGUGGUGCAAUUCCUUAAAUAAAGCAGCAUCGAAAGUAA